CUCUUGAGCGCAAGUGUAACUGCAGAUCGAACCAUUACUGACACGAGGGAGGUUACGGAUUUAAGUUUGUUUCUGUUUGUAUUUUUGUUUCCUGUUUAUAAAUUAUAAAGGAGAUAGGUUCUAGGAAACACAUAUUUUUUUUAGUUUUUAUAACAUUGGGUCCGUUUUAAUGCUAUUUGGUGCCCUUGGUGAAGUAUCAUAGACCAGUCCAUUAUUGGUUGUCCCCUCAGAAGCCGGUGUUCAGUGACACACUAGAAAAUGAUGUAACUUUUGCCGGCUUUCAGUUACCUACAUUGAAAAGUACAAAGAGUCACGGAAGUCUGUUCGGUGAAACCGCCUGUGAGGGAACCUUCUCAACUUUUAAUUUAACAAAUGGCUCAGCUUUGUUUGUGAAAAGGCAUCCACACGCUGCCGGAGGUAACUUACAGCUGUUUCUCCGAUUGAUACAACACAGAUAACAAUGAAUCCGGCUCGGCGAUGCUCAGCGUUUUUCGGCCAGCUGUGUGUGUCCUCGCGGGGGGGACCGGCGACCAGGGGUCCGUUUUCACCGGUUGCAGUGUCAGCCCCAGCGGGAACAAGGUGCUGUCACCCGGAUAGAGCGACAGGAGGAGGCGGAGGGGCAGUCAAUGGGACUCGUCCACAGCUGAAACUGACCAGGAUAUCCAACAGUGCGGCAGUACCAGGUAGGCCAAGAGGACACAUCAGCCACCAACACAAUCACAGCGUUACAACACUUAUCCUUCCAACCAAACUUCAUUCAAAUAUAUGACGAUUUAAUUCGGCUCCACCCUGUUCACCAGUAGAGAGUAGAGUUACCUCCAAGACUCUAAUUCCUGUGUUUGAAACGGUGGUUUGUACUACUUUUCUCUGCUGAAUUCAACCGAUUUUAUAAAAGCUGUCUGUACAACAAGUCUAUACAAUUUAAGGGAAGUUUACAGCAACCUAUCACCAGAAAAACUGUUAACUCCUACAAAAAUGGCAGAAAAGAUGUAUGUAUGUGUGGCUGGUCGAUGUGCCAUUAUUACUCACAUUGAUCUAUAAGAGCUGCUCAGCUCAGCUUCAAAACUAUUUUAAAGUCGGAAAUAUGUAUUACCAAGUGUUCAUAAUUAUAUAAGCAGCGUGAGAAACAGGUGGUUAUGAUUCAAAUCAACAAUGAAUUUCAAUAUCAAUAUCUUUUUAUUGUCUGUAAAUUUAUUUUGUUUAUAAUCAUUGUAAUUUCAGUUUAGUUGAUGUUACAGAGUAGUCUCAAAUUAAGAUUAAUUUGGCAGACAUUAAACAGUAACAGUUUGCUUUGUUCUGCAUGGUAAAGAGUGUUCUUCAAAUAAUAUUGCAUCGAUCAGCAAAAAGUUUAGCCGAGUGAAUUACUUCCAAAAGUACACAAUAGUAACUUCAUAUCUUUGUCAGACCAAAAGUUCAAAAUCUAAAACAUUUGACAAAUCAUUAAAGAAAAAAACAUAGCUUGACAUUAAGCAUGACUCAGAGCUUUUACUUAUGAUAGAUAACUUGUUUUGAUUCUGGCAUUUAUUGACAUAAUAAAUGUUAGCUGAAUAUAAAAAAGUCUCAGAAAAGAACAUUUUUAAUUACUAAAACUAAUCCCAAAAUAACUUUAAGAUUACUCUCCAAAUAUUGUAGAAGUGAUCAGAUAUAACUUUAAGAUCCAAAAAUAUUUUAAAGAACUUGCAUUUUAUAUCAGUUACAGCGGUCUCACUGCCACUUCACAAAAACAAAAUCAAACUUUGUGGAAAAAUACAAAAAAAAAAAGCAGAAAAUACACAGCUGCAGAGAAAAUACUAAAUACUCAUUCAAAUGUUAAUAUGUGUCUGUCAGAGUGUAGUUUGUCUCAGGGAUAAUGUAUAGUGGGCCAGCAGUGAUGCUAGUUGUUGAAACUAAGAGACUUUUUAAACUUAGAGGGAUUCUCUUUCACAUAACCACCCGCUAACUCUACAUUAUCCUGCCUUUUAUUUGGCUACCAACCCAAAAAAAGCAAAAGAGCUGAAAUUAGGUGUUGAUCUAACACAAUUAAGUGUUAGGGCCAUAUUUAAAAAAAAAAGAAAAAUCUCACAAGAAUUUAGUCUUAUAAGGAUUUUAUUACACAAACAAAGUUACAGGAAUUUUGAAGUCAUUAUGUAAUCAGGUUAAAGUCCCCCAAAAUUAAAGCCAAAUUAAUACCAAACAUUUUCUCAUUUCAUUAAGUCUAUAUAUUAUCCUUCUUUACUGUUUUAUAUCACAUUGAACUUAAUACUACUUACAUUAAAGUUCAAGCCUUAUCAUAAGCAUUUUUCUGCUUGCCUCUCUGAGGGAUGCUGAAAUAACAGCAGCACCUGUUUAAGGUCCUUCUCCCCAUAACUUUUCUGUCAGUAUUUUCCCCUCAUUCAACCAGCCCUGUAACACUUGCAAAGUUGAUACCAUGUUGUUGUAGUUAUUAGUUGUGUUAAGUUUGUUUUCCUCAAUUUGGUUGAUGUCUCUUUGACUCGGCUCCUUGUGUGUCAAAACCUCCCUCAUUGUCUCUUGCUUAUCGCUUUCAUCUUUCAGUCUAGUUUCUUGCUGCCUGGAAUAUCCUGCAUGUUAUUUAUGGAUAUCAGACACUGACUUUGUUGCACUGUGAACAGAAAGAGUGAAUUCAGGAAGGGUAGAUGUGUUAAGGUUCCUUUCUGUGUACUGAGCAAUAAAUGUGACGAGUUCCAUCAGAUUGUCCCUUGUCUUGCCGUUACUUUUCAGAAUUAUUAACUGAUAUUUUUAUUAUGUAUUUAACACAGACAGAUGUUUAGUAAAGGGACUGCUUAUGCUGUGUAUAGAUUAUCAAAAAUAAACAGUUGUGAUUUAACUUUUAAAUUAUCACACACAUGAACCUUUUUUUAUCAAGAGUGAGCUAAAAAGGGAAGUUUUCCAAAUCAUAUUUUUUAUCGUCACUCAAGGAGCUCUGACUUUUACUCUUCACAGAGUUUUUUGGGGUCGAUGCUCAUUGGUCCCAGACAUGUAAAUACUGAAAUUAGAUUCUUUCCUUGUAUAAUUUCGAUAAUAAACGAAACCUGAAAUAUUAUCCUCUGUCCCUUUGACCUGUCAUCUGAUCAGUGCAUGUCUGUUUACAUUGCUGUGGCUUCUUCUUCAUCUCCCAUCGUUUAAGUUCUAUUUAUUCUGUCUAAAGCUAUGAUACAGGAUGUUCUGUAUGUUCUCACGAGUACCUCUGUGUAGUAAUCUGUUGGAGCUGUUUCCUUCCUGCUUCUGCAAUGCAUGACACUGCACUCCUUAUCUCAUCACUCCAAGUGCUCUAAUUAGCAGCAGACUAAUAAGCGGAUCAGACUGAGUGAGAGCAAGAGCUCAACCUGCUGCUGUCACGAUAAUGCGCAGGAUUUACCUGCUUACUUUCAGUAGGACGGUCUACUUAAAUCAGCCCAGCUUUAUUUAAAAACCACCAGCUCAUUAUACAAAGGCAUUACUUCCACCAAUUAUUUAAAUCAGUCUAUCAAACACAAAUCCUGUCUUUGUCAUUCCUCAGAAAUCUCAAAUAUUUGAUUUAGCGACAGACCGAUUGAUUGGCCAGGCCAAUCUCCUUUAAUAAAUGUAUAUUUUUUAUUCAUCCAUGGUACAAUGUUUGAUGCCUAGAGAUUAAAAAGAGUGUUAUUGACAGUCUAAAAUCCAAAUUCUAAUCAUACAGUUAUAAUGCAAGUUGGGAAAAUUCACUUUAGGAACUGUUACAAGGAUUAAGGUCAGGGAGGGUCUCCAUUUUUAUACUUGUGGUCAGGACUGGUAUGAGGUAUUUGCCAGUAUGUUAACCUUAAAUCAAAAUGUCAAGGUUUCACUGUCUCUAAAAUGUGGUAUUUUCAAACAUUUAGGAUUCUGGUUUAAAACAAAUUAUUUUUUGCCCCUCUGAACACAAUUGAUCCAAAUUUUACAAAAUGUGUAAAAUGUGAACAUUUUUGACAGGUACAUUCAUCCUGCUAAUUCAGUGCAGAUGCACCAAAAGGGUUCCCCCCUCUCUCUCUGUCUUAGUCAUCUAGCAAUAUGUGUUUUUCCUUGUUGCCUGGGUGACCAGUCCCACCCCUCCUCAUGUAUGAUUGGUUGCCUGUUGUAGCAUUACCAGCAGCUUGAUGAACAGUGCAGAUGAGUGGCUGGAGCAGCCAAUGAGACACUUCAUUAUCAGUCUAAAAAAGAAACUGAAUUCAGCUCUUUCUCUGUGUACUCACAUGCUGCUUAUUUAGCGCUCUCCUCUUUGGGAACAGGUCUAGGGAAGGCCACAUAUACUUGAGCAGCAUGCAACCAAACUGCAUCUAGUGGGCGACAAUACACAUCAUGUACAGUAUAAAGUACAAUCAAAGUAAUUUUGAAAUAAAGACUUUUUCAAAAAGCAGUGCACCUUAAAUCUGGUAAUCAGCCCAGGUCAACAGCAGGAUGCUGCCUUAAAUUAGCCACUUUCUAGAUUUAGUGUUUGAGGGUUUAGGAGGCUUUUAAUCUGACUCCACACAGACCUCCACUGGCCUCUAUUUGUAACAGGAUUGUUCAGGCUGUUACAUAAUCUCCCAUUACAGAAGAGAUGGGUCAAGAGAGCAGGCAUACUUGGGACCAGGCCUACAUUAGCUGCCUUUCAGUGUUUCCAUCUUUGAAUGAGUGUUAGAAUAGUCACAGGCUGAUUUAUAAAAAAAAAAAAAAAUACAAUCUAUGGCAAAUGGAUCAGCAAACAAGUGCUGCCAAAGUGUUUCCAGCAUUUUAAUGAUAAAUUCAGUCAGAGCAGCAUGGUGUUGAAACAAAGCAACAAGAACCAACAGGCCUACCAGUCCUGCAGAACAGCCUCUCCCUGACUACUUUAUAACUGCAUCACGAUUAAACAGCCUCAACCAGAGAGGGAAAUGAGCAGCGAACCUUGAGAGUAUUGAGAGUAGCGUUGCAUGUAACCAGAGCUCAUCUGAAUAAAUAUAAAGGGUUUCAUCAUCAUCUUCAUUGACCCAGGUAAUCAACAACGCUGUUUAAACAGCAUAAAACUUCAUUUUUUUAACUUUUUGAUGAAAAUAAUUUCCUGCUCAGUAAAGAGACUAAAAGUUUUAGGUCAAAAUGAUGAUUAAAUAAUAUUUAUUGAGUAUUUCGAUAAAAGAAAUAAGUGUAGAUAGUACAGUAGUUUCCCUCAUAGGAGAGAUUUUCUACAGUUUGAUCUGAGAGUACACUCUUGAUACAUGCUUGAAAUGCCAGUUGCUCAACAUCCACCAGUCAUCUGUAUUUGAUCAACCCAUGUUGCAGCAGAUGUUUUGCUUUUGGACUAUAAUGUACGGCUCAGCAGAUCAACAAAAAGAUCAUUUUCCUGAAACAUUUGUAUUUUGAUCAGCUUUGAUGAUAAUCAUAGUUUGACGUUGAAUAAUUUAUCACUGUUGGUUUGAGGCAAAUCUUCAUUAUGAGAAAUCACAAGAACAUAAAUAACAAAGUACAGAUAACUCAUAGAAAGAAAAGUUGAAAAGUUAGGUUGAAAAUCUGUGCGUCUCUGAUGAGGUUUACCAGCACACAGGGCAGGGCUGCAAUCUGAGCUACGGGUGAUGACGUCCGCUCAGUUUACAGAUGAUCAGUCCUUGCUUGGUUUUCUUUUUACCAACAAUCCAGUACUGGUUAGCGUCCCCCCAUUUCAAAAAACAGACUACAAAGCUGUUCAAAUACUGAAGAAUGUUCCUGUAGUGACUAUCCAUGAAGAAUAAAUGUCUGAAACAAAAUAUCUUCGGGUGAUGUUGCCGUUGUUUGGUAUUAUAACCAGGAUAUAAAUCCAAAAUGUUUGUUUUUGUGUAGGUGGUUAUGGUAAAAACAAUGUGAGCUCUCCACCCAUGCUGCACCACCUACCUCCUCAGCUGUGAUCUUUAAACCCAACCUAAUCAUUUGAACAGUCAGCUGCCCCAUAUCACUAAUUGCUCUUUACAGGGACCAAAUCAACAAAUGUGCACAAGCUAUUGUACACACAUGAUAAAUACAGUCUGUGCAUGCACUAAAUCAACCCCCCAAAGUAGAAUGGACAAACCGAAAAAACUGCUGUGAGUGUCUGCUACUGCUGCUGCAGUUCUCAUUAGCAGAUCAAACUUUGACAUAAUCUUAUAUAAACACUUGCUUCUCUGGAGAUUUUGGCAUUGAUUAUUGGUGAUUUCAAUACAUAAUAGUUGUCAGAGUUGUUUAAGGAAUCCAGCAGUUUUCCACACUGCUCAGUGUCUAAAAUUCACCCUACAGGACAGUCAUUCAUUUUAAACACUGGAUCACUUAAUCUAAUAUGUCACUCUGGUAAUUCAGUCAAGUAGCAUGUGGUGACCUGGAAUGUGAUCUGGGUAACCAGCACCACUCAGUGUGUCAUUACAGUGAUGAAAGCUGGAGGCUGGUAUCAUCCUACCUUCAUGAGGGGUUAGGGUUAGACAUCCCAGAGUUAGAGCUGAUGAAAAAAAACCUCCUGAGGUUAAAGUAACAACGUGAAAAGAUUGAGGAAGACUUGCUGAGUCAAUACAAGUUUGAACAUCUCCCACUGCUAUUUUUUUUUCACAUUAACAUUUCAAUGAGCAUGUGGUCAGUCUUUAUUUGGAAACAACAUGAAGUUAUGUGGUUAACUGGAACCACUGGAGGAGCAUGUCAGUGCAGCAGAAUAAGUCUGUGUUUGUCUCAACAAGUCCUUUUUUUAGAAGAGGCGAAACAAAUGAAAUUACUAAGAACUGAUAAAGACAUCCCAGCAAGUUCUGCCAGUGAUCCAGCGUGCACCAUAUCACCUGUUAAUUUCUCUGUUAUGUAGAAAUGCUGUUAUGAGAAAUAAUGAAACCACAGUUUUACCCAGUAGCCUGGGGCUUAUUCGUGUAACCAGGGUUUCAUUAUGAGCAAACAGGGACACGCCUGCUCAGUGAAAACUCCCACACCAAGAGAUGGCUCGAGUCCAAACACUGCCAGCUUUCCUUUGAAAUAAGAUGAAACAAGGUAUUACACAAUACUUGGCACAGACAUGGUUAAAUAACAGAUUUCAGCACCUUUAGAUUGAUUAAUGGGCCUCAUAUUUAGAGCACAUCUGCACAUCCAGCAUGUAAUGAGUUACCAUAUUAAUGGAUGAUUAUAGGCUUAAUAAGUGACAUUCCUACAUUCAGCUUUUAACUUAUCAGACUGGAUUUAUGACAAAUAAUCUUUUUUUUUAACACUGGUUAUCGCUCUCAUUCAACACUAAUAAUCCAUAUCAGUAACAGCCUUGAAAAACAAUCUCGUUGACCCCUUUGGAGGGACUUGGUAUUCUUAACAAUCAAGAAAAAGGUGUGUAUAGAUCAGUAUUAUCGACGUUUUAAAAGCAUUAAGGUCUUCAAGUUGGAAGACAACCAAAAUGGUUAAAAUGUGUUAUAUCAAAAGUAGCUUGCUGCUUGAGCCAGCAGGGGGCACUCUCAUUACCUGACCAUUGCAUGGCACUCUUGACCUCAGUAAAGUAAGUACAGCAGUGAUUUUUUUUUUCGAGGAAGUGCAGCUGCAAUCGAGCAGUUUAAGCAGACGGUUAGGACUUCAAGACACCUGAGAAAUGCCAACAUUUCUCAAUGAUAAUAUAUGAGAAAUGUUGAAGUAUUUUGGACUCUACACCACAGGAGAAAGAUAACAGACAAGGACAGGGCUGUAUGUGGACUGUGUACAAAGCAGGGGUUUGACUUCAAUAACAACAAAACUGCAGGGUCACCAGAGGGUAGAGAGGCAGCAGAGGGGGCGCCGCAGAUGAGCGACACAAUGACAGCAGAUAAUAGUACAAGGAGAGCGGCACUCAACCCUGAUCAAGUCAUCAGCUUGUGUUUCUGGUAAAUAAUAACUUGAAAUAGGUGGAAUAUUUAUGGAUGUUUGAUUUUUAGUCUGGCACAUGUUAAACCUUUUCAAAUGGAGCAGGUGGGUGUAUAACCUAUACCACAUUCAGCCAGUAGAGGGAGCUCUGAAUGCUUUGGCUUCAUUCUUGGAGAGUUGUCAUGCCAUUCCUCCUUUUAUACAGUCUGUGGUAUGAACAGCAUUUUUAGUCAAGUAGUGAAUGAAUAGCCAACACACAGGUCAUUGUUCACCGCCAUUCCAGUUUCCUCUCUGGAUUGCUUACGUUUGCAAGGCUGUCCCAAGAGAUAAUGUGUGUGUGUGUGCGUGCGUGUGUGUCACUGUGUGUACGGGAAGCAUUCUUGAAUGGUCCAGUCAGUAGUGAUAAGUCCCUUCCUUCAUGCUGCUGCAGACACCAGGACGGUCUCAUGUGAGUCAGAGACCUCCAUCACGCAGACUGUGAGAGGCAGUUUACUGAGAGGGCGACAGGAAGGGCGUAAGGUGGACAAACGGUGUGCCCAAGUGUGUUUGUGUGUGAGUGUGUGUGUAUGUGCCUCAUCCAUUUCGAUGUAAGUAUCUUCUUGACAGUUGUUUUGCCCUCAUGUUAAGUUAGUUUGCUGUUUUACAGAAAAACGGAUUGUUUUUAGUGCUAGUACUGUUGGUUUGUAUUCAUGGUUAUUUUAAGGGCUGCAGUUGGGGCUGAGGUGCAUUUCUGCCCUGCUGUAAUAAGUUUGACUUUUAGCUAAGCUGUUGUGUUGACUGUGUCGGCAGAUUUGUUGGUGGAAAAUUCAUGUUUUUUUAAUCAGUGAUAUCUCAAAACUGUGUAAACACCUUGCUGAGAAACUAAGACUUCUGUGACUGUAAGUGGUGAACUGUUUGAUGAUUCUGGGAUUUUUUUUAAAUAUUGAUUUGUUUCAUACUUAACCAGUUUAUUAAGCUCAGAUUUAGAAUUGACUGCUAUCACUUUAAUGGUUAAAUGUUCAGUAAAAAGUGAUUUUAAUGUAGUUUGUUUCAUAGAAAAGAAUAUUAACAGAAUUGUUUGCAACCAGCAUAGUUUCACAGAGCCUAAUCAAAGUAAAGUAAGAAAGAAGAAGCUCAGUGUGACGCUAUUUCGCCUGAAAUGACAGUGAUGGGGUUAUUUGUAAGUUGAGCAAUGCUGUAUUAUCAUACAGCCGUAGUACAACUAAGAUGAACCACUCCUAAAGCAAACAUCCUCAAGCAGCAAACUCCAGAGAGUAAGAAGCAGGGCAAAUGCUCCGUAAAUCACUGCCUAUAUUCACAACAGAGCGGGUUUGAACUUCUCUGAGAAUAAGUCAACUUGGGGUUUGCAUCAUCCCAUAGCUCCCGGUCCCAUUUCUGCAUUAGGAUGUCCUAACCUGCUCUUUGUGUCAGCGCGCUGGUUUGGGGACAUGUUGCUCGUUUGAAAACCUGCUUUUCUGUCCCUGCGAAUCGUGUCGUACCUGAACUGCACUUAGAGACCACCACUGAAACAGACAAAUAAAUAUUCUACUCAAACUGAGGAGAGGAGUUGCAGCACAUCUGAUGUUCUGAUUCUGAUUUCACCUCAGCCUGUUGAUCAUGAGACAGGAAUUAUACUUCCAUGUUGCAUCAGAGGACAACAUGACAGAUACUUUUAGAAUAUCUCUGAAUUUAUUUGUAAAACACAAACUUUAGAUUGGUGGUUAAUGGCUGACCUGAUAAAGAGUGGACAUAGAGUACAGAAGUAAGUGAGGGAUGUUGAAACACAUUAAGCAGCUGAGGGGAAGAGACAUUUACCAAAUUGACGACAGCAGACACAAAGCUUGACACUCUCCUGUAGGGUGUAGGCUUUGUCAGUGUUACACGACUGAGUGAGAGAGAGGAAAAGACCAGGAAAAAAGUUACAGGGUAGAGGACCUUAUACAGGUACUGCUCUGUUAAGGAAAAAUGCUGAUAAUUAGACUUUACCGUGGCCAGUAGUCGCCUCUAUCCUGAAGAGAUCCUGUAUUACAUAACCACAGCCUAAGUGUACAAUAUCCCUAACAUAUAAAUGAUCAUUUAAAAAACUGUUUCAUAAUCCUGGUAAAAAUGAUCUGUCUCUGGUUAAAUUUCAUUUCUGUCUUAUAAAUCCCACUUUGGUCUGACCCAACCUUAUUUAAGAAGCCAUGACUUUCACCAGUUCAGAGGACUAAAUUGAAACUGUUUCAUAAUCAGGAAGAAACUCCUCACAGUGUAUUUAAAAAGAUGAAGUGUUGAGGCGGAGCAGCUGUGUCUCAGUGAGGCUCAUGAGCGUUACCAUCAAUUCUUUGUUUCUAUAGAGUGAUUCAAAGUCAAAUGACUCAUUUUGUUUCACCCAAAAGCAGAACAGACUGCAGGAAAAUAGUAAGUGCACACUGACCCUUAAUCCAAUUAUUGUUUAUGUGCCACUGACAAUGACACAGUCUCUUUCUCUUCCUGUUUGUGCAUAUACAGUGUGUGAAUCAACACUGGAUAGUCCCACUUGUUGGACAAUAUGCACAUUCUUAUCGACACGCCACUCAGUUACUCGAUUAGUAUCCCUCUCUCUCUCUCACACACACACACACACACACACACUGUCCCUCCCAUUCUCUCCAAAAGGAGCUCCCAGUCCGUCACUGUCAACAUCUUUUGUAAAUUUGAUGAUGACGAUGAUGAUGAAGAAAGCUGCUUGCGUUUCUUGUCUUCUACAUGCAUGAGUACGGGCUUGUUCUAAACAAAUUCUCAUCUUGCUGAUUUGACAGUUACAUGUGCCAUUUAUUAUAAGUGAGAUAAUUGUUAAAACAUGGCUGUAACUUCAGCUGCUCCGCUGACACCAGCUUCAGGAUAUAAAGACUCUAAUCUGGUUGCUGAUGGUCUUGUUUGCUUUAGGACAUGGUGAAAAGUUAUUAAUAUGAGUGUCAGAUAGGCUGCCAGGCUGUUCAUCCAUAGGAAAUAAAACACCCCAGUUUUAGCAUUGUCAUAAAAUCAUGUCCUAUCUGCUCAGAUAAUCAGAGGGGAUCACUUUGAAAUACUGCUGUUUAAAAUUGGACAGCAUUUCUUCAUUGUUGAAUAGAUGCAGAAAAGUCUAAUGUAAUCAUCUAAAGCUGUUUCCUAAUUGGACAAUAAAUGUAAGGCCAACAUGAAGCAGGUUAAAUCAGUAGUACUAGGAGAGCAGAAGAGAAGCAUCAAUGCAGGAGACAGAGUUAAAGGCUAUGUUCACACUGCAGGUCAAUUCCGAUUUUUAAACCGUAUGUGACACAUAUCUGAUUUGUUCAUGUAAGUGUGAACAGUGCAAUUCAGAUUUUUUCAAAUCUGACCCAUGUAGUGAUUUGAAAUGAGCCUCACAAGGCCGCACCAAAAUAAUACUUGGCGAUUGGAAUUUAUAAUAAAUGUCUGAAGAUUAAUAAUGUAGCAAUCAAGACAACCCUGGAUGUGAAACCCACACAUUCCUUACAGGAAAGUUUCCUUAUCUGGUCCCAGGAAACAGGAUAUAAAUCUUUCCAGACGUGUUUGCCCUUUCAGGUUAAAUAAGUGACCCAACCGGAGGUUGACUAAACCUCUGACUCUUCAGGAUUGGUCAGUUCGGCGAACAGAGACAGAGUUUUAUUACCUUUCAAACUGACUCCAUUUGCUGACCAUCUAAAUAAACAUUAACCCAGAUCUCCCAUUUGAGAUUUAGCGUCUUAAAGUGUGUGAACAUACGGACCCCAGGAUAAGGGGGGACACUGACCUCCAGACCUCGGUCGUAAAACCCUGCUCGACCAUACACUGAUAAAGACUGCAUUCCUUUGGUGAAAGAAUACAAAUGACUGAUCAUGACAUCUUAUGCAUUCAGCAAUGUACUAAUCUGUCUAAUCAUGAAAUUUGUGUUAAAAUGAGAUGUUUCCCAUUUUUCUAUGUGCUCCAGAAGCCGAGUUAUCGCUCUUUAGUUUCUUUAGACCAACAGCUUUUCAGACUGUUUCAUGAACUUUUAAGAGUUACAUUUAUUGACUAUGGAUCAUAACUUUACUCUAUGAACACAGAAAUAGUUUAGAAAUGUUUGGUCUAUAUUUUAAUCGUUUAUUUAGUAUUUUUAACCAUUAGGUGGUUAUAAUGUCAUUGAAUAACCUUAAUGUGAGUAUUUAGAAUCCAUUAUUAAUCAUGAUGACGUUCAUUCACAUGUAUUUACUCUUUUGUUGUUCACAGUUUCCAUGUGUUACUAUCUGUUUCAUUUCAGAGUAAUUUAGCAUGUUCAAUGUGAUACUUAAAACAUAAUGAGAAUGUUUGAUGUGAUCCUACACUUCAUUCAUAUGUGUUUAGUAUCAAAUUAUUUAUCAUGAAACCAAACAUUCAAUGAUAUUAAUCAUAGUGAGUGAGUAUCAGAUCUGACUCUUUUGCCAGCCAAAAGAAUAAGUUAGAUCAAAUAAUCAAAGACCACACGACCCCUCCUCUGUCUCCUCACACCCACACGCCGGAGACACACCCAGUGUGAGAAGAUAAAACCAGUGAAGUGGGGUUGCUCACUCUCUUAUGCCUCUUACUUUCCUCUUAUGCUUCUGCUCUUCUGCUGACUCUCUUGUCCCCGGCUCUUAUGCCCCUUCUCUUCUGUCCACACCCUUCUGUGGUGCGUUUCUUUGUUUUCUCUUAGAACUUUUUCUUAGUCUUCUAAGUUUUACGCCACGUGUUGAUUCACGUUGAUUUUUCUUUAACAUCGUCUUAGUUCAAGUUUGAAACUUCAACUUUUUGUGCGCAUAGCAAUUCAAGAUUAAGCCUUUGAUUGAUUUUUCUUUAAUUUCGCGAAGCCAUUUUUGAAAGUUUUCUCUGCUCUUCGAGCCUCGUUUUUCUGAGUUUUCUGCGUGAUUUCAAAGUCACCUCUGAACGCAACCCAGCAGGCCCAGGUCAUCCUCUGUGCCAGAGUUUUUGAGUGAGACCAAAGAAGUACCCAAACGAGCAUCCACAGGAUCCACAGGCGCUGGCUUUGCUUCGGGCCCGAGUGCUGCAACUCCUGGCUCAUCCUUCGGCUGACUUCAGUCGUCUUCUGAGCUGAACCGCUCGAACCGCCAGUAGCCCCGGACCUUCGGAACCUGCUCCAUCUUCUCCAAGGACCAGUCUCACUUAAGUAUGCAAACCUCCAGAGCUCCAGACAGGGCUGAUGCUGUCUCACGCGUUCAUAACUCAGAUAUCCACCUAUUUCUGGUGAUCUUAGAUUCCUCCAAAUCUACACCCGAGUUUAUCUCGACACCAAAGUUAGUGUAGGUUAAUAUGUUCGCGCAUAUUCACUCACUAUCAUUAACUUUAGUGCUCCUAGCCUGACUCAGAAUCUUUAUUUAUUCACCUAUUAUUAUUUAUCUUCAUCAUCUUAUCAUUUAUUGCAUGUGUGUUGUACCAUCAUUUAUCCUGUAAUAAACAGAUCAUUAUUUUUCUAAGUUCCUGUCUGUUAGUGUUCUUCCAGAAGUGGAGUCCCUGAAAUUAGAAUUUCGACUUAAGAUAUGAGACUGAUUAAUUAAGACUGAUUAAUUAAGACUGAUUAAUUAAAACUGACUUGAUGUUUGAUUUCUGAAUUAAACUUUUGUUUUCUUUAUUUUCCCACCAUUAAGGGUGGGUGGUGCCCCUUUCAACGAGUGCAUAAAUGUCAUAAUUUGAGAUUAUUAAUCUUCAGACAUUUAUUAUAAAUUCCAAUCGCCAAGUAUUAUUUUGGUGCGGCCUUGUGAGGCUCAUUUCAAAUCGCUACAUAUAUUUUGGUGCGACCGUAUGAGGCUCAUUUCAAAUCACUACAUAUAUUUUGGUGCCCCGUGUGAGGCGUUUCAAACAAAACUUCUGGAUACUAACAGACAACCUAAAACUUAGCCUUCCAAAUUGAUGAGAGAAACUUAUUUCCAGGCUAUUUUAGACUUAAUCACAAUCAAUGCUAUGCUUGCUGAAGUUGCUUGACUAAGUUCUGAUGUUUUCCUGAUCUACGCAUAAAACCUUUAUGCUUUGUGUUUUACACACUUUUGUACUACAUGCCUGUAGUCUGUGUUUGAGCUGGACAGCGUGAAAUGUUGUUCUGAGUAGCAGUGAGACUGCUUCUUCUGCUCUGUCUAGACUGUCCAAUAUUUAAGUGCACGAUUGUUGCGUCGCCGUACGCUUGUAUUUAAGGCCUUUGGCUGAACCCAGUGUUCGCGAUGCUCCGAGCUGUGGUUUCAAGCCCCUGAAGUCUCUGUAGUCGGCUACGAGGUUCUAGUAACUAUAUGGGAUUCAGAUUUCCUCCUUUCCCCUGACAGAUUAGCUACCUGUCACAGGAAACCACUGUAACAGUGGGAGGUUGUUGUUUGAAUGAAUUCAGACAAAAUCCGUGGUCACGAAUCGCCGCAUUUGUGAUUUUAAAGUCUGCAGUUGAAUCUGCUGUUGAGGGAUUUGUCACUUUGAUUCUUGUUCCUGUAAAUGAUUUUAUUGAACCAAUCUGCCUGAGCAGAUGGUGUAAAGUUCUAUGUUUGAGGGUGCAGACGCAGCCUGCUGUGAAAUGUUAACCCUAUGUUGUCAGUGGAGAGACUGACCAUUUGGCCUUAAGCAGAUAAGGCCCUUCAAGGAGGCAGAGCCUAAAGGCCCCUUCCUGCACACUUCCCAACUCCUCAUAGCCACAAGAGGCUAGUUGGAUGACUGUUUCCUCUUUUCUUCUUCUUCUCCACUUGUGUUGAGCUUGUGCAGUUACCCCAACUCCAUACUGCCCCACAUGGUUGCUUUUGGUAUUGAGCUAACACUGCUAUUAUCUGCCUGCAGUAUCAGCCAGCUGUACUGCCUCUCUGUAGUCAGUGUGUAACACUCUACAGACAUAACUCAAGUGAUUGACUUGGUUGAUGAAGUUUGAUGUGCUUAUUCUAAAUCAUUGAUCAUUGAUUUUUGAUUUUUAUCUUUGUUAUAAGAGCCUCCAUAAUGUAUUGAUAAAGUAACUCCUUGAAUCAAUCACCUGAUCUUGUUGUUACUUAUCACAUCAUUGAGCAGUUUUACUGUUCCCUAUAAUACAUGAAUGUAUUAACCCUCCUCAUAAGAUUGAUUAAUUAAUUAAUGAACAAAUUAAUUAAUAUUUGAAAUUUCUUUUAACACUCCAGAUGGAUUUGGUAGUUGAACCUUUGGAUUUAUUGCAAUUUGUGAAUUAACUUCAGAGUUAAUUCCUUAAAUUGACAAUUUCAUUGAUUUUUCAAAUUCAUCCAACUGCAUCAGGCAGUUUAUUUAAGUUUUGCUGAUCUCUGCAAACACGGAGACAAAUUGAACCCUUUAUUCAAUGGUUCUGUAUCUGAUGUUAAAUUUAAUUUAACAUUAUUUCACCUUGUUUUUCUUUCAAUUUUCAUUGAAAUGAAUUUAACUUUAUGGUUUUUCUCUCCAUUAGAUAUCUACUCAGAUAGGCUCUUCCUCUUUAUCAAGCACUGAUAAAUUAAGUCGAUUAACCCACUUAAUUUGAUAUUUUGCUUCUUCUUUUCAUUUUAAGCCAACUCAAACUCAUCAACCAACCACCUGCUCCUCUUUACCAAAACCAAACAUGCCUAACACAAAAGAGUCCAGCCAGGGAGACCCCCUGAGGGACAUACCCACAGUGUUGGCAAACUUGACUAGUCAGCUGAUACCUCAGUACAUGACUAAGAUUCAAAAGGCCGAACCCUCCAAUCCGGAGGAUGCAAUGGCUGACUUACUGGAAACAGCCUUAACCACGACACUUCGUGACAAAGAGCUCACUAGAUGCAUGUCUGUCAUGAUGUCUUCUCAGCUUGAGUAUAAAGACUACUUGCUGGAAUGCGCUUUAGCAAAGAUAAAGGCGCAAAAAGACGAAAACAGCGCUCUGAAAAAGACGCUAGAGGAGACUAAGAAGUCUCUAAGUGUUUUAGAAAAACACAGUGCCAGAUGUGAAGCGUCAAAGCUUCCCUCACUGAUAAGUCAUGAAGAAAAUCUUGAUCUUAAAGACAAGAUUGAAAGACUUAAUGAAACCCUUUACAAAAAGGAGAAAGAACUUGAUGACACGAAUAAGCAGCUUGCUAAGACCACAGAGGAUCUGAUACAGUCAGAAUCCCUGCUAGAGCAAGCAACAGAAGAUGUAAAAACUUUGAAAGCACUGGUCAAAGUGCGUGCUGAAGCUCUUGAAGUUAAGGAGAAGCAAACUUCUACCUUACAGCACCAGCUCCAGAUAGCUCAAAGACAGUUAAUUCUUUGUCAAGAACGGCAAGAAAAGACAGACAAAGAACUUGAAGAUGCCCAAAGAGAGUUACAAUGCUCCCUCCAGUCAGGUCGAGCCCAAAGAGAACGCAUGGAGCAAACGUUUCUUGAAGAAAUGAUAGGUGAUCAGCCUCCUGAGAGAGCGCCAUCACUUCCUUCCAAACCAACUCUUAAGUAUCUCUCUCAGCAUCAUGACAGGACCCUGCUUGACCCUGAGAGGUCAUCCUUAAACCAAGAGUCCUACUCUCCUCCUCAUGAUGGCUUCUUACCAUUUCCCUCAGACAGGGAUCUUGACAAAAUUGCUCGCAACAUAGCACGCUUUGAACCUGAGCACCAAGGUGCUACUGACACCUGCACCUACUUGAAAGACAUUGACUUUUACCUGCGGAAAUUUCCAGGUGCAACCACUGAUGACAAAAUCUACCUUAUUAAGGCAACGUCAAGUCGAGAAGUUAGCAGUUUCCUUGAACGACAGCCUUAUUAUGUCAGAAAUAAUUAUGACUUGCUCUGCCAAGCAUUAAUCGAAGAGUUUUCUGAUCAUUUGACCCAGACAGGCCUUUCUGCUGCUCUGUCUAUUAAACAAGGGAGAUCAGAACCUCCCCAACAGUAUUACAACCGCUUACGCGAAGCUUACUUUGGUUUCCGAAAUGAACCAGAAAUGGAGGAGGACUUGAACUUCAAAACGCUGUUCGUCCAGAACCUCCACCCUACCACCAGUCAUCACCUUGGCGUCUUAGCUUGUCCAAACACUUUGACUAGCCGACAGCUUCGUGAACUUGCUGUAAAAGGUUUUGCCAAACAACGACAAACUUUGGCUAAGAAAGCAGAGCCCGUUACUCUCUUGGCUAUGGAGACAAAAUCACUGCCCAUGGAGCUGAACGAAGCUUCAGACUGUGUAUUUUCAGGCUCCGAUAAGCCUCCAAAUGAGUGGUUAACCAGGCCUCCAAAACCUUUUCGACCUCAACAAACUCACAAAGGUCAAAGUUACACACCAAGGCCCGGGUCUGACUCAGACCAAUGCCAGGUAAACUUUGAGACCAACUGUUGUUAUUCAGACUCCCGUCACGGUGGGUUUUAUCCCAGACAAAGGAAAAACCAUCAACACCGCCAAAGGGGGGUGAAUGACUGGCAGAAUCAGAGUAAAUCACACUCUCAGAAACGACGAUCUUAUUAUCCACCUCAAUCGGUUUCAUCCACUUCGAAGGUGAAUAAACAUGACCACUCAGCUAACCACUGAGAUUAACACUGCGGAGUCAUGAAGGUGUGAGUCCUGCGAAAGCAGAAGUCACCCAGCCAAAGCUGAAUGACUCCAAUAAGAUUUCCAAAUGCUGUGGUGAUACAUUGAUGACUGCAAUCCCAGUUGCUGCUUUCUUUGUUAGCAUUUGUCUCUCCUCUGUCAAUAUGGUCAGCUUGUCAGCUGUCAAAUAUCCCAUGAAUAGAUUAAAAGCUGAAAUUUCUGUCAUUAAGACUCAGAUUGACAAAUUUCAGACUCAACAGCAGAUAAUUAGUCAAACCGAUAAGAGCAUCAUCCCCAAGUUUAAAAGACAAAGUUUAAGAGAAACUCUGUGCAGUAAAUUUUUGAUGUUUGUGAUUCAGGUUGACUAUGCUCAUACACAGAUGGUUAAUAUGUCUAUAGCAGACAUUUCUUUUCCACCUAAGUCUUAACCAUUUUUGAAACUGAAAUUGAACUUUCAGACUUCUCCAGCAAGCAUGAAAAACAGCUAUAGCUUUAGAUCCAGUUAGCAUUCAGACUAAAGAGUGCUUUUCUAAAUCUCAUUAAUACUGAAAAUUAGGAGAUUUUCUUUCACAUUAGUCUACCAAUAGUUAACUGAGAAAGUCUAACAACUAGACGAUUUUAUUUGAUAGCUUAAUACAUGCUUAAUUUUAUCUCAAAGCAGUACUAGUGAUUCACAUAGUGAUGCUGAGACGCAUCAGUCCUAUUUGCAUACACCUGCUGCUUCUUCAUGGUUGUCUACUCGUCGUCCCGAUGCUCCAUGGACAGGACCACCGUGACGAAGGGGGGACUGUAGCAAUCAAGACAACCCUGGAUGUGAAACCCACACAUUCCUUACAGGAAAGUUUCCUUAUCUGGUCCCAGGAAACAGGAUAUAAAUCUUUCCAGACGUGUUUGCCCUUUCAGGUUAAAUAAGUGACCCAACCGGAGGUUGACUAAACCUCUGACUCUUCAGGAUUGGUCAGUUCGGCGAACAGAGACAGAGUUUUAUUACCUUUCAAACUGACUCCAUUUGCUGACCAUCUAAAUAAACAUUAACCCAGAUCUCCCAUUUGAGAUUUAGCGUCUUAAAGUGUGUGAACAUACGGACCCCAGGAUAAGGGGGGACACUGACCUCCAGACCUCGGUCGUAAAACCCUGCUCGACCAUACACUGAUAAAGACUGCAUUCCUUUGGUGAAAGAAUACAAAUGACUGAUCAUGACAUCUUAUGCAUUCAGCAAUGUACUAAUCUGUCUAAUCAUGAAAUUUGUGUUAAAAUGAGAUGUUUCCCAUUUUUCUAUGUGCUCCAGAAGCCGAGUUAUCGCUCUUUAGUUUCUUUAGACCAACAGCUUUUCAGACUGUUUCAUGAACUUUUAAGAGUUACAUUUAUUGACUAUGGAUCAUAACUUUACUCUAUGAACACAGAAAUAGUUUAGAAAUGUUUGGUCUAUAUUUUAAUCGUUUAUUUAGUAUUUUUAACCAUUAGGUGGUUAUAAUGUCAUUGAAUAACCUUAAUGUGAGUAUUUAGAAUCCAUUAUUAAUCAUGAUGACGUUCAUUCACAUGUAUUUACUCUUUUGUUGUUCACAGUUUCCAUGUGUUACUAUCUGUUUCAUUUCAGAGUAAUUUAGCAUGUUCAAUGUGAUACUUAAAACAUAAUGAGAAUGUUUGAUGUGAUCCUACACUUCAUUCAUAUGUGUUUAGUAUCAAAUUAUUUAUCAUGAAACCAAACAUUCAAUGAUAUUAAUCAUAGUGAGUGAGUAUCAGAUCUGACUCUUUUGCCAGCCAAAAGAAUAAGUUAGAUCAAAUAAUCAAAGACCACACGACCCCUCCUCUGUCUCCUCACACCCACACGCCGGAGACACACCCAGUGUGAGAAGAUAAAACCAGUGAAGUGGGGUUGCUCACUCUCUUAUGCCUCUUACUUUCCUCUUAUGCUUCUGCUCUUCUGCUGACUCUCUUGUCCCCGGCUCUUAUGCCCCUUCUCUUCUGUCCACACCCUUCUGUGGUGCGUUUCUUUGUUUUCUCUUAGAACUUUUUCUUAGUCUUCUAAGUUUUACGCCACGUGUUGAUUCACGUUGAUUUUUCUUUAACAUCGUCUUAGUUCAAGUUUGAAACUUCAACUUUUUGUGCGCAUAGCAAUUCAAGAUUAAGCCUUUGAUUGAUUUUUCUUUAAUUUCGCGAAGCCAUUUUUGAAAGUUUUCUCUGCUCUUCGAGCCUCGUUUUUCUGAGUUUUCUGCGUGAUUUCAAAGUCACCUCUGAACGCAACCCAGCAGGCCCAGGUCAUCCUCUGUGCCAGAGUUUUUGAGUGAGACCAAAGAAAGUACCCAAACGAGCAUCCACAGGAUCCACAGGCGCUGGCUUUGCUUCGGGCCCGAGUGCUGCAACUCCUGGCUCAUCCUUCGGCUGACUUCAGUCGUCUUCUGAGCUGAACCGCUCGAACCGCCAGUAGCCCCGGACCUUCGGAACCUGCUCCAUCUUCUCCAAGGACCAGUCUCACUUAAGUAUGCAAACCUCCAGAGCUCCAGACAGGGCUGAUGCUGUCUCACGCGUUCAUAACUCAGAUAUCCACCUAUUUCUGGUGAUCUUAGAUUCCUCCAAAUCUACACCCGAGUUUAUCUCGACACCAAAGUUAGUGUAGGUUAAUAUGUUCGCGCAUAUUCACUCACUAUCAUUAACUUUAGUGCUCCUAGCCUGACUCAGAAUCUUUAUUUAUUCACCUAUUAUUAUUUAUCUUCAUUAUCUUAUCAUCAUUUAUUGCAUGUGUGUUGUACCAUCAUUUAUCCUGUAAUAAACAGAUCAUUAUUUUUCUAAGUUCCUGUCUGUUAGUGUUCUUCCAGAAGUGGAGUCCCUGAAAUUAGAAUUUCGACUUAAGAUAUGAGACUGAUUAAUUAAGACUGAUUAAUUAAGACUGAUUAAUUAAAACUGACUUGAUGUUUGAUUUCUGAAUUAAACUUUUGUUUUCUUUAUUUUCCCACCAUCAAGGGUGGGUGGUGCCCCUUUCAACGAGUGCAUAAAUGUCAUAAUUUGAGAUUAUUAAUCUUCAGACAUUUAUUAUAAAUUCCAAUCGCCAAGUAUUAUUUUGGUGCGGCCUUGUGAGGCUCAUUUCAAAUCGCUACAUAUAUUUUGGUGCGACCGUAUGAGGCUCAUUUCAAAUCACUACAAUAAUCUCAAAUUAUGACAUUUAUGCACUCGUUGAAAGGGGCACCACCCACCCUUAAUGGUGGGAAAAUAAAGAAAACAAAAGUUUAAUUCAGAAAUCAAACAUCAAGUCAGUUUUAAUUAAUCAGUCUUAAUUAAUCAGUCUUAAUUAAUCAGUCUCAUAUCUUAAGUCGAAAUUCUAAUUUCAGGGACUCCACUUCUGGAAGAACACUAACAGACAGGAACUUAGAAAAAUAAUGAUCUGUUUAUUACAGGAUAAAUGAUGGUACAACACACAUGCAAUAAAUGAUGAUAAGAUAAUGAAGAUAAAUAAUAAUAGGUGAAUAAAUAAAGAUUCUGAGUCAGGCUAGGAGCACUAAAGUUAAUGAUAGUGAGUGAAUAUGUGCUAACAUAUUAACCUACACUAACUUUGGUGUCGAGAUUAACUCGGAUGUGGAUUUGGAGGAAUCUAAGAUCACCAGAAAUAGGUGGAUAUCUGAGUUAUGAACGCGUGAGACAGCAUCAGCCCUGUCUGGAGCUCUGGAGGUUUGCAUACUUAAGUGAGACUGGUCCUUGGAGAAGAUGGAGCAGGUUCCGAAGGUCCGGGCUACUGGCGGUUCGAGCGGUUCAGCUCAGAAGACGACUGAAGUCAGCCGAAGGAUGAGCCAGGAGUUGCCGCACUCGGGCCCGAAGCAAAGCCAGCGCCUGUGGAUCCUGUGGAUGCUCGUUUGGGUACUUCUUUGGUCUCACUCAAAAACUCUGGCACAGAGGAUGACCUGGGCCUGUUGGGUUGCGUUCGGAGGUGACUUUGAAAUCACGCAGAAAACUCAGAAAAACGAGGCUCGAAGAGCAGAGAAAACUUUCAAAAAUGGCUUCGCGAAAUUAAAGAAAAAUCAAUCAAAGGCUUAAUCUUGAAUUGCUAUGUGCACAAAAGUUGAAGUUUCAAAACUUGAACUAAGACGAUGUUAAAGAAAAAUCAACGUGAAUCAACACGUGGCGUAAAACUUAGUAGACUAAGAAAAAGUUCUAAGAGAAAAUAAAGAAACGCACCACAGAAGGGUGUGGGCAGAAGAGAAGGGGCAUAAGAGCCGGGGACAAGAGAGUCAGCAGAAGAGCAGAAGCAUAAGAGGAAUAAGAGCAUAAGAGAGCUAAGAGAGCGUAAGAGAGUGAGCAACCCCACUCCACUGGUUUUAUCUUCUCACACUGGGAGUGUCUGAGGAGAAAGAGGAGGGGUCAUCGGGUCUCUGAUUAUUUGAUCUAACUUAUUCUUUUGGCUGGUAAAAGAGUCAGAUCUGAUACUCACUCACUAUGAUUAAUAUCAUUGAAUGCUUGGUUUCAUGAUAAAUAAUUUGAUACUAAACACAUAUGAAUGAAGUGUAGGAUCACAUCAAACAUUCUCAUUAUGUUUUAAGUAUCACAUUGAACAUGCUAAAUUACUCUGAAAUGAAACAGAUAGUAACACAUAGAAACUGUGAACAACAAAAGAGUAAACACAUGUGAAUGAACGUCAUCAUGAUUAAUAAUGGAUUCUAAAUACUCACAUUCAGAUUAUUCAGUGACAUUAUAACCACCUAAUGGUUAAGAUACUAAAUAAAUAACUAAAAUAUAAACCAAACAUUUCUAAACUAUUUCUGUUACUUAGAGUAAACUUAGGAUUCAUAGUCAAUAAAUUUAACUCUUAAAAGUUCAUGAAACAGUCUGAAAAGCUGUUGGUCUAAAGAACAAAAGAAUAAGGAUUUAUUCUGUCAGAUAAGAUAACUUGGCUUCUGAAGCACAUAGAAAAACGGGAAACAUCUCAUUUUAACACAAAUUUCAUGAUUAGACAGAUUAGUACAUUGCUGAAUGCAUAAGAUGUCAUGAUCAGUCAUUUGUAUUCUUUCACCAAAGGAAUGCAGUCUUUAUCAGUGUAUGGUCGAGCAGGGUUUUACGACCGAGGUCUGGAGGUCAGUGUCCCCCUUAUCCUGGGGUCCGUAUGUUCACACACUUUAAGACGCUUAAUCUCAAAUGGGAGAUCUGGGUUAAGGUUAAUGUUUAUUUAGAUGGUCAGCAAAUGGAGUCAGUUUGAAAGGUAAUAAAAACUCUGUCUCUGUUCGCCGAACUGACCAAUCCUGAAGAGUCAGAGGUUUAGUCAACCUCCGGUUGGGUCACUUAUUUAACCUGAAAGUGCAAACACGUCUGGAAAGAUUUAUAUCCUGUUUCCUGGGACCAGAUAAGGAAACUUUCCUGUAAGGAAUGUGUGGGUUUCACAUCCAGGGUUGUCUUGAUUGCUACAGUCCCCCCUUCGUCACGGUGGUCCUGUCCAUGGAGCAUCGGGACGACGAGUAGACAACCAUGAAGCAGCAGCAGCAGCAGCAGGUGUAUGCAAAUAGGACUGAUGCGUCUCGUCAUCACUAUGUGAAUCACUAGUACUGCUUUGAGAUAAAAUUAAGCAUGCAUUAAGCUAUCAAAUAAAAUCGUCUAGUUGUUAGACUCUUCUCAGUUAACUAUUGGUAGACUAAUGUGAAAGAAAAUCUCCUAAUUUUCAAUAUUAAUGAGACUUAGAAAAGCACUCUUUAGUCUGAAUGCUAACUGGAUCUAAAGCUAUAGCUGUUUUUCAUGCUUGCUGGAGAAGUCUGAAAGUUCAAUUUCAGUUUCAAAAAUGGUUAAGACUUAGGUGGAAAAGAAAUGUCUGCUAUAGACAUAUUAACCAUCUGUGUAUGAGCAUAGUCAACCUGAAUCACAAACAUCAAAAGUUUACUGCACAGAGUUUCUCUUAAACUUUGUCUGUUAAACUUGGGGAUGAUGCUCUUAUCGGUUUGACUAAUUAUCUGCUAUUAAGUCUGAAAUUUGUCAAUCUGAGUCUUAAUGACAGAAAUUUCAGGUUUUAAUCUGUUCAUGGGAUAUUUGACAGCUGACAAGCUGACUAUAUUGACAGAGGAGAGACAAAUGCUAACAAAGAAAGCAGCAACUGGGAUUGCAGUCAUCAAUGUAUCACCACAGCAUUUGGAUAUCUUAUUGGAGUCAUUUAGCUUUGGCUGGGUGACUUCUGCUUUCGCAGGACUCACACCUUCAUGACUCCACAGUGUUAAUCUCAGUGGUUAGCUGAGUAGUCAUGUUUAUUCACCUUCAAAGUGGAUGAAACCGAUUGAGGUGGAUAAUAAGAUCGUCGUUUCUGAGAGUGUGAUUUACUCUGAUUCUGCCAGUCAUUCACCCCCCUUUGGUGGUGUUGGUGGUUUUUCCUUUGUCUGGGAUAAAACCCACCGUGACGGGAGUCUGAAUAACAACAGUUGGUCUCAAAGUUUACCGGGCAUUGGUCUGUGUCAGACCUGGGCCUUGGUGUGUAACUUUGACCUUUGUGAGUGUGUUGAGGUCGAAAAGGUUUUGGAGGCCUGGUUAACCACUCAUUUGGAGGCUUAUCGGAGCCUGAAAAUACACAAUCUGAAGCUUCGUUCAGCUCCAUGGGCAGUGAUUUUGUCUCCAUAGCCAACAGAGUAACAGGCUCUGCUUUCUUAGCCAAAGUUUGUCGUUGUUUGGCAAAACCUUUUACAGCAAGUUCACGAAGCUGUCGGCUAGUCAAAGUGUUUGGACAAGCUAAGAUGCCAAGGUGAUGACUGGUGGUAGGGUGGAGGUUCUGGACGAACAGCGUUUUGAAGUUCAAGUCCUCCUCCAUUUCUGGUUCAUUUCGGAAACCAAAGUAAGCUUCACGUAAGCGGUUGUAAUACUGUUGGGGAGAUUCUGAUCUCCCUUGUUUAACAGACAGAGCAGCAGAGAGGCCUGUCUGGGUCAAAUGAUCAGAAAACUCUUCGAUUAAUGCUUGGCAGAGCAAGUCAUAAUUAUUUCUGACAUGAUAAGGCUGUCGUUCAAGGAAACUGCUAACCUCUCGACUUGAUGUCGCCUUAAUAAGGUAGAUUUUGUCAUCAAUGGUUGCACCUGGAAAUUUCCUCAGGUAAAAGUCAAUGUCUUUCAAGUAGGUGCAGGUGUCAAUAGCGGCUUGGUGCUCAGGUUCAAAGCGUGCUAUGAUGCGAGCAAUUUUGUCAAGAUCCCUGUCUGAGGGAAAUGGUAAGAAGCCAUCAUGAGGAGGAGAGUAGGACUCUUGGUUUAAGGAUGACCUCUCAGGGUCAAGCAGGGUCCUGUCAUGAUGCUGAGAGAGAUACUUAAGAGUUGGUUUGGAAGGAAGUGAUGGCGCUCUCUCAGGAGGCUGAUCACCUAUCAUUUCUUCAAGAAACGUUUGCUCCAUGCGUUCUCUUUGGGCUCGACCUGACUGGAGGGAGCAUUGUAACUCUCUUUGGGCAUCUUCAAGUUCUUUGUCUGUCUUUUCUUGCCGUUCUUGACAAAGAAUUAACUGUCUUUGAGCUAUCUGGAGCUGGUGCUGUAAGGUAGAAGUUUGCUUCUCCUUAACUUCAAGAGCUUCAGCACGCACUUUGACCAGUGCUUUCAAAGCUUUUACAUCUUCUGUUGCUUGCUCUAGCAGGGAUUCUGACUGUAUCAGAUCCUCUGUGGUCUUAGCAAGCUGCUUAUUCGUGUCAUCAAGUUCUUUCUCCUUUUUGUAAAGGGUUUCAUUAAGUCUUUCAAUCUUGUCUUUGAGAUCAAGAUUUUCUUCAUGACUUAUCAGUGAGGGAAGCUUUGACGCUUCACAUCUGACACUGUGUUUUUCUAAAACACUUAGAGACUUCUUAGUCUCUUCUAGCGUCUUUUUCAGAGCGCUGUUUUCGUCUUUUUGCGCCUUUAUCUUUGCUAAAGCGCAUUCCAGCAAGUAGUCUUUAUACUCAAGCUGAGAAGACAUCACGACAGACAUGCAUCUAGUGAGCUCUUUGUCACGAAGUGUCGUGGUUAAAGCUGUUUCCAGUAAGUCAGCCAUUGCAUCCUCCGGAUUGGAGGGUUUGGCCUUUUGAAUCUUAGUCAUAUACUGAGGUAUCAGCUGACUAGUCAAGUUUGCCAACACUGUGUGUAUGUCCCUCAGGGGGUCUCCCUGGCUGGACUCUUUUGUGUUAGGCAUGUUUGGUUUUGGUAAAGAGGUGCAGGUGGUUGGUUGAUGAGUUUGAGUUGACUUAAAAUGAAAGGAAGAAGCAAAAUAUCAAAUUAAGUGGGUUAAUCGACUUAAUUUAUCAGUGCUUGAUAAAGAGGAAGAGCCUAUCUGAGUAGAUCUCUAAUGGAGAGAAAAAUAACAUAAAGUUAAAUUCAUUUCAAUCAAAAUUGAAAAACAAUGAAAUGAUGUUAAAUUAAAUUUAACAUCAGAUACAGAACCAUUGAAUAAAGGGUUCAGUUUGUCUCCGUGUUGCAGAGAUCAGCAAAGCUUAAAUAAACUGCCUGGUGCAGUUGGAUGAAUUGGGAAAAAUCGAUGAAAUUGUCAAUUUAAGGAAUUAACUCUGAAAUUAAUUCACCAAUCGCAAUAAAGCUAAAGAUUCAACUACCCAAUUCAUCUGAAAUGGUAAAAUAAAUUUCAAAUAUUAAUUAAUUUGUUCAUUAAUUAAUUAAUCUUAUGAGGAGGGUUAAUACAUUCAUGUAUUAUAGGGAACAGUAAAACUGCUCAAUGGUGUGAUAAGUAACAACAAGAUCAGGUGAUUGAUUCAAGGAGUUACUUUAUCAAUACAUUAUGGAGGCUCUUAUAACAAAGAUAAAAAUCAAAAAUCAAUGAUCAAUGAUUUAGAAUAAGCACAUCAAACUUCAUCAACCAAGUCAAUCACUUGAAUUAUGUCUGUAGAGUGUUACACACUGACUACAGAGAGGCAGUACAGCUGGCUGGUACUGCAGGCAGAUAAUAGCAGUGUUAGCUCAAUACCAAAAGCAACCAUGUGGGGCAGUAUGGAGUUGGGGUAACUGCACAAGCUCAACACAAGUGGAGAAGAAGAAGAGAAGAGGAAACAGUCAUCCAACUAGCCUCUUGUGGCUGUGAGGAGUUGGGAAGUGUGCAGGAAGGGGCCUUUAGGCUCUGCCUCCUUGAAGGGCCUUAUCUGCUUAAGGCCAAAUGGUCAGUCUCUCCACUGACAACAAAGGGUUAACAUUUCACAGCAGGCUGCGUCUGCACCCUCAAACAUAGAACUUUACACCAUCUGCUCAAGCAGAUUGGUUCAAUAAAAUCAUUUACAGAAACAAGAAUCAAAGUGGCAAAUCCUUAAACAGCAGAUUCAACUGCAGACUUUAAAAUCACAAAUGCGGUGAUUUGUGGACACAAAUUUUGUCUCAAUUCAAUCAAACAACAACCUCCCACUGUUACAGUGGUUUCCUGUGACAGGUAGUUAAUCUGUCAGGGGAAAGGAGGAAAUCUGAAUCCCAUACAUAUAGUUACUAGAACUUCGUAGCAGACGAUAGAGACAAGAAUCAAAGUGACAAAUCCCUCAAUAGCAGAUUCAACUGCAAACUUAAAAAUCACAAAUGCGGCGAUUUGUGAACACAAAUUUUGUCUGAAUUCGAUCAAACAACAACCUCCCACUGUUACAGUGGUUUCCUGUGACAGGUAGUUAAUCUGUCAGGGGAAAGGAGGAAAUCUGAAUCCCAUAUAGUUACUAGAACCUCGUAGCCGACUACAGAGACUUCAGGGGCUUGAAACCACAGCUCGGAGCAUCGCGAACACUGGGUUCAGCCAAAGGCCUUAAAUACAAGCGUACGGCGACGCAACAAUCGUGCACUUAAAUAUUGGACAGUCUAGACAGAGCAGAAGAGGCAGUCUCACUGCUACUCAGAAAAACAUUUCACGCUGUCCAGCUCAAACACAGACUACAGGCAUGUAGUACAAAAGUGUGUGAAACACAGAGCAUAAAGGUUUUAUGCAUAGAUCAGGAAAACAUCGGAACUUAGUCAAGCAACUUCAGCAAGCAUAGCAUUGAUUGUGAUCAAGUCUAAAACAGCCUGGAAAUAAGUUUCUCUCAUCAAUUUGGAAGGCUAAGUUUUAGGUUGUCUGUUAGUAUCCAGAAGUUUUGUUUGAAACGCCUCACGCAGGGGCACCAAAAUAUAUGUAGUGAUUUGAAAUGAGCCUCACAAGGCCGCACCAAAAUAAUACUUGGCGAUUGGAAUUUAUAAUAAAUGUCUGAAGAUUAAUAAUCUCAAAUUAUGACAUUUAUGCACUCGUUGAAAGGGGCACCACCCACCCUUAAUGGUGGGAAAAUAAAGAAAACAAAAGUUUAAUUCAGAAAUCAAACAUCAAGUCAGUUUUAAUUAAUCAGUCUUAAUUAAUCAGUCUUAAUUAAUCAGUCUCAUAUCUUAAGUCGAAAUUCUAAUUUCAGGGACUCCACUUCUGGAAGAACACUAACAGACAGGAACUUAGAAAAAUAAUGAUCUGUUUAUUACAGGAUAAAUGAUGGUACAACACACAUGCAAUAAAUGAUGAUAAGAUAAUGAAGAUAAAUAAUAAUAGGUGAAUAAAUAAAGAUUCUGAGUCAGGCUAGGAGCACUAAAGUUAAUGAUAGUGAGUGAAUAUGUGCUAACAUAUUAACCUACACUAACUUUGGUGUCGAGAUUAACUCGGAUGUGGAUUUGGAGGAAUCUAAGAUCACCAGAAAUAGGUGGAUAUCUGAGUUAUGAACGCGUGAGACAGCAUCAGCCCUGUCUGGAGCUCUGGAGGUUUGCAUACUUAAGUGAGACUGGUCCUUGGAGAAGAUGGAGCAGGUUCCGAAGGUCCGGGCUACUGGCGGUUCGAGCGGUUCAGCUCAGAAGACGACUGAAGUCAGCCGAAGGAUGAGCCAGGAGUUGCCGCACUCGGGCCCGAAGCAAAGCCAGCGCCUGUGGAUCCUGUGGAUGCUCGUUUGGGUACUUCUUUGGUCUCACUCAAAAACUCUGGCACAGAGGAUGACCUGGGCCUGUUGGGUUGCGUUCGGAGGUGACUUUGAAAUCACGCAGAAAACUCAGAAAAACGAGGCUCGAAGAGCAGAGAAAACUUUCAAAAAUGGCUUCGCGAAAUUAAAGAAAAAUCAAUCAAAGGCUUAAUCUUGAAUUGCUAUGUGCACAAAAGUUGAAGUUUCAAAACUUGAACUAAGACGAUGUUAAAGAAAAAUCAACGUGAAUCAACACGUGGCGUAAAACUUAGUAGACUAAGAAAAAGUUCUAAGAGAAAAUAAAGAAACGCACCACAGAAGGGUGUGGGCAGAAGAGAAGGGGCAUAAGAGCCGGGGACAAGAGAGUCAGCAGAAGAGCAGAAGCAUAAGAGGAAUAAGAGCAUAAGAGAGCUAAGAGAGCGUAAGAGAGUGAGCAACCCCACUCCACUGGUUUUAUCUUCUCACACUGGGAGUGUCUGAGGAGAAAGAGGAGGGGUCAUCGGGUCUCUGAUUAUUUGAUCUAACUUAUUCUUUUGGCUGGUAAAAGAGUCAGAUCUGAUACUCACUCACUAUGAUUAAUAUCAUUGAAUGCUUGGUUUCAUGAUAAAUAAUUUGAUACUAAACACAUAUGAAUGAAGUGUAGGAUCACAUCAAACAUUCUCAUUAUGUUUUAAGUAUCACAUUGAACAUGCUAAAUUACUCUGAAAUGAAACAGAUAGUAACACAUAGAAACUGUGAACAACAAAAGAGUAAACACAUGUGAAUGAACGUCAUCAUGAUUAAUAAUGGAUUCUAAAUACUCACAUUCAGAUUAUUCAGUGACAUUAUAACCACCUAAUGGUUAAGAUACUAAAUAAAUAACUAAAAUAUAAACCAAACAUUUCUAAACUAUUUCUGUUACUUAGAGUAAACUUAGGAUUCAUAGUCAAUAAAUUUAACUCUUAAAAGUUCAUGAAACAGUCUGAAAAGCUGUUGGUCUAAAGAACAAAAGAAUAAGGAUUUAUUCUGUCAGAUAAGAUAACUUGGCUUCUGAAGCACAUAGAAAAACGGGAAACAUCUCAUUUUAACACAAAUUUCAUGAUUAGACAGAUUAGUACAUUGCUGAAUGCAUAAGAUGUCAUGAUCAGUCAUUUGUAUUCUUUCACCAAAGGAAUGCAGUCUUUAUCAGUGUAUGGUCGAGCAGGGUUUUACGACCGAGGUCUGGAGGUCAGUGUCCCCCCUUAUCCUGGGGUCCGUAUGUUCACACACUUUAAGACGCUUAAUCUCAAAUGGGAGAUCUGGGUUAAGGUUAAUGUUUAUUUAGAUGGUCAGCAAAUGGAGUCAGUUUGAAAGGUAAUAAAAACUCUGUCUCUGUUCGCCGAACUGACCAAUCCUGAAGAGUCAGAGGUUUAGUCAACCUCCGGUUGGGUCACUUAUUUAACCUGAAAGUGCAAACACGUCUGGAAAGAUUUAUAUCCUGUUUCCUGGGACCAGAUAAGGAAACUUUCCUGUAAGGAAUGUGUGGGUUUCACAUCCAGGGUUGUCUUGAUUGCUACACCCAGGCCUCUUUUGUAUGUGGAUAUAAAUUGGAUAUGUAUCCGAUGUGACUGCAGUGUGGACACUCAGGUCGCGUUCACCCGAUCUAUACAUCAUCAAUAUGCGACAAACGUCACCAUUGUGCGACAACACAAACAGGCGCGGAAAGCAAUGGCGGACGAGGAAACAGAGAACAGCGUCACGUCCUGCUUUGUGCACAUACGGGUCACUUCACGGAUGCAGUCCGUUCACAUUAGAUGAGGCAUUCGUUGUUGUAACCUGAACAACCGCACAAAUAGAUUGGAUUUAACAAAAAAUCUGAAUUGUGGAUCAUAACCUGCAGUGUGAACAUAGGCUUAGACUCUUUUGAGACGCUUCAAGUAAACUCAUAGAAAGUAUGGAGCAGGAUCUUGGUUACAGGAGAGUGUCAAUAACAGGACAACAUAGACUCCUCCAGGAGUAGCUUCAAUUCCAGUGACUUUCUAAAAUCUCCUCAGUAGCACUUUUAUCCACUCAUGUAGAAUCAUGCAUGCUUCUUAUUUCUCCAACCCUUUCACACUUUGAUCUCCAUCCCCACAGACACAGCUGCAGAUACCUCCAUUCAGAGUUGACUGGAGGGCAAAUGUGACUUUGCUGCAGACAAACAUUUGUGUGUUCUGGAUUAUGGACUGUUUGUUCCCUCCUGGUCAAAACUCUAGGGAGCAGUCUGAACAAAUGCUGAGUCAGAACAUCCUGAGACCAAAAUAGAAACCUGCUGUUUGUCCGGUCUUCGGUUCUGUCUGUUGGCUCGUCUCUGUUUAUGUUGGCAGUAAAGGUGUGUGGCUUCUGAGGUCAACGGUUGUCAGUCUCCUCACCUUUAUCCCUGGAAGUAAAGAUUUCAACUUUAACAUCAAUGUUGAACAUUUGCAACUUUCAGUCAGAUGGUCUCUAAGGGCAAAGCAUAUUAGAAAACUACAUCUGAGAAUAUCUGACAGUGGCCAUUAGAUGGCAGCAAAACAACACUAACAAAUGCAAACAAUGAAAAUAUCUUCCUUUUUAACUUCAACCUACUCAGAUUACUUUUUAGCUCUUUUAACUGAAAACUUUAUAUAGAUAUGAAGUAUUUAUUCAUGCUUGAAGGCAGCACAAAUAAACUACAUUUUUGUCUCACAUUCACAUCCAUUUCAGUACAUUUCAUUCACAUGCUAAGGUAUUGGGUUGAAUAUAAACUUAAAACAGCAAAUUUGAUGUAAAACUGUAUAAAUUCGGCUGAUUUUUUCUUUUAAAUUUACUACAUGGUUUAACUCUGUUUACAGUCGGUAGCUUUCCAUGGCUUAUAAAUGCCACUAUUUAUGUAUAUUUAUUUAUUAUUUCCUCCCCAUGACUUUAAUCUGCUUAUUUCACCCUAUGAAACAAUGAUUCAUGCAUUUGUCCUUGUCAAAUAUAAAAGUAAAUGAAUGAGUAAAUUAAAGGUGCUCAUGGUCUCUAAUCAUGGAGCUCACACACUCUCUCGUGUUUCCCUCCUUCAGUUUGUCCGAUGGGUGCCAGCAGCAGCAGGUUGUUUGGUACAUUGGCCCAGACACUGAACAGCGCCCCCCUGGCCCAACCAGACCUGUACCCGGAGGAGAACUCAGACCAGGACUUGGAUCAGGACCUGGCUGAGAUUGACCCAGACCAACUGCUUAGAGAGUGUGAGGAGGCCCUGCAGAGUCGUCCAGCCCGUCCACACCGGGACCUGGUCUUUCCUAAUGGCUUGUCACCCCAUCAUCACACAUAUAACCCGUCUAUACGGGUCAUGCAGUGGAAUAUACUUGCACAAGGUAAGAGAACCAGAACUUCUCUGGGUUUAAGUUCUCUUGGUAACCCUUAAAAAGAUCCAGAUUCAAAUGGCUUAUGUGACAUGACCUUGAGGCUGGGACGCCCUCGGAACAGUUUCACACUGCUGAUUUCAAAGCAGCAAAGUGUGAAAACAUUUUAAAAAAUGACCAGCUGUCAUCAUUUCACAGUUUUCUGAUUGAUCAGCAACUAAAAAAGAGCAGCUGCUGGACAUUUGGAGGGGAAACUGCCCUAAUAUCAAGCUAAAAUAAAUUUCUUGAAAAUUUUUGAGACUUAAGACUCUAUGCAAGCAUGCACUGUCUCAAAGGGGGUGUCCUGACGCCAGUGAAGCCUGUGAGGUUGAUAUCUUUGGUGUUAAGUAUUUUGACAGCCUUUUAGAUUUUGACCAAAAACUUUUAUCACACUUAUUAGGUCAGCAUUUCAGUAAUCCAAGUAAGAGAGCUAUAAAUCCUUUGGGCUGAUUCAUGGCAUUUUAAAGUCACUGGCAUCACUGUUACCUGCUCUCACAAAGGCUGAUAAAAAACAAUGAAAUAAUGUCUGCAGACACUGCAGGUGGUCUCAUCAGUGUGGCCGCUGUUGAGCAAUAUAAACAUCACCCUAAGGCAGUGGUUCUCAAGUCCAGUCCUCGAGGCCCACUGUCCUGCAUGUUUUGGAUGUUUCCCUGCUCCAACACACCUGAUUCAAAUGAUUAGCUCGUUAUCAAGCUCUGUAAUGGCUUAAUAACGAGCUGAUCAUUUGAAUCAGGUGUGUUGGAGCAGGGAAACAUCCAAAACAUGCAGGACAGUGGGCCUCGAGGACUGGACUUGAGAACCACUGCCCUAAGGGAUAAUAGGUUUGCCCCUAUCCUAAAUGACAACAUUAUCAAAUUCUUAAAGACAAAUAUAUAAACUUCAAUCUGAAGAAUAAUGCAGUUUAGAGUUACUCCUGACAUAAACAUCCAUCAUGUUCAAGUUUAACCUAAUGCAUGUUGAAGUGCAUGUAACAACAGGAAUUACUCUUAAAUGUUGUAUUUUGUCAAAUGCAAAAAGGAGACAACAACAGCAUAAUAUUGACUUCACAUAUCCACCGUCAGCUGACCUGCUCCAUGUUUAUUUAUCUGCAGUUAACUACUUACUCAUCAGUAUUUGCUCUUAUUUUCAAAAGUGGUGGAUCUCUGCAGACCUCCUCUGACUUUGAAACGUUGUCCUCACACUGUAGGAGUCUGCAUCCAUCCAAAGAUAUCCGUAUUAUUAAGAACUAAUGUAAGCUGUUAUGAUAUCUAAUGAAUGGGUCUCUCUCUGUUCCAGCUCUCGGUGAGGGGAAAGACGGCUUCAUCCGCUGUCCACUGGAUGCUCUCAACUGGGAGGAGAGAAAGUACCUGAUCCUGGAGGAGAUCCUCACAUACCGCCCUGACAUCCUGUGUCUUCAGGAAGUGGACCACUACUACGACACUUUCCAGCCAAUCCUGUCCAGCCUGGGUUACCAUGGCACCUUCAUGGCCAAACCCUGGUCUCCGUGUCUGGACGUAGAGCAGAAUAACGGUCCUGACGGCUGUGCUCUGUUUUACAGACGCUCACGUUUUUCCUUGCAGGCCACAGCUCACUUGCGGCUGUCAGCCAAGAUGCUGCCCACUAACCAGGUUGCCAUCGUUCAGACACUGACCUGCAGGGAGACGGGCCGGCGGCUGUGCGUGGCGGUCACACACCUGAAGGCUCGUAGCGGCUGGGAGAGGCUUCGAAGCGCGCAGGGUGCUGACCUCCUGCAGAGUUUACGCCGCAUCACAUCUCGAUGCGGUGACAGAGAGGCGGCGUCAGGCAAUGUUCCUCUGGUGGUGUGUGGGGACUUUAACGCUGAGCCUACAGAGGAGGUUUACAGAAGCUUUAGCUCCUCUCCACUGGGCCUGGACUCUGCAUACAAGCUGCUGAGCUCUGACGGACAGACAGAGCCUGCAUACACCACCUGGAAGAUCCGCCCCUCUGGAGAGAGCUGCAGCACUCUGGACUACAUCUGGUACUCCCACGAUGCUUUGAAUGUGGACUGUGUGUUGGACAUUCCCACAGAGGAGCAGAUCGGUCCAGACCGCCUCCCCUCCUACCACUACCCCUCCGACCAUUUAUCCCUGCUGUGUGACAUCAGCUUUAGGGAGGAGCAUCACAGGCUGAUGUAGACAGCCAAUCACAGCAGCCCUGGACCAAAAAGAGGACCGAGUGAGAAACCCCGAACUUUAUUGUCAACCAGAGGAGGAAACUGAGAGUGACAUCUUCAUCUCCUGGCAACAGAAAGUGGGCGGAGUCUUAGAGGAGCAGGAGAACCUGACUGGAGCUUUAAUUAUUAGCGGUCAUGAGAAUGACACAAACUCUAAAACGAUGUUGAGACUAAACACUGAGUGUAAUUUUCACAUGGUGACAAAACCGUCACAUCGAUCAGAUGCCCAACAGCGCUGACACUUCUCUGACUUCCAAACUUUUCCAAAAAAACAAGCAUCCGACAACAGCCGACAAAUCAAUAAUUCAGACUGUACCAUGAUCUUGUUAUUUCAGCCUCCUCCCAACCGGUUUGUUAUUUUAAAUCCCAGUAUGAUCUGCUCAUACCAUAUCAACACGGAUUUCAGGAGAACCGUGACACUAAGUCUGAUGAACAGGCACUUCUCUGCUUAAAAAAAAUAGAUCAUGCUGGUAGUUGUCUGUUAUUGCGAAAACUCUGUACUGAUCCUAGAUUACAGGUCACUAAACUGGACACCAGUCAGCCUCGAGUUCAUCCAGACACAGUUCAUACAGAGAGGGGAAGUUAGAGGAGCCGCUCUGAACACUGUGAUGAAGCCGAACAGGUAGAAAUGAGCUUUAGCGGUUUUGUGAAAGGAUUUUAACCAAAGAGAGUAAACUUCUCAUCCUGUGGGUUUAGCUGGCGUAGGGGGGAAGAGUUUGGUCUCAACACAGCUCCAUGAGGCGGUGUCACUCUGGCAGGUGGACAUCUUCACCUCUGCUGCUUGUUGUAGAGUCAUUUUGGUAUUGAGAUGUUUGGUGGGGGUAGAAGUGGGCGGGGUUUAAACCACACCUCAUGUUUCUUUACUUGAACUUCAGCUGAACGGCAGCUAAAGGGUUCAUCAGGAAAUCAACUGCAGUUAUUUAUUGUUUCCAGAGCACACCUUAGACUUUUAUUCCUUAAUUGUAUUAAAUUAUUCUUUUUACUCUCUUUAAGAGGGUGGUUAUUUUAUCAACAACAGAUAGUCUUAAAGUGUUUUAGGAUUUUUCUUUUAAUGAUGGUUCUUCAGUUUGACUUUUGCUGCUGUUGGAAAUGUUAACAGGAAAUAAAGUUAUUAUUUUUAUUCAAA